ACACAGCAGCAGCAGAGAGGCCGGGCUCUGCGCUCCUGCUCCCUGCCCUCCAGCACAUGGAGGCUGAACAAGAGUGAAGAAAGUGGGGAACGGUGGCGAGGAAGGGAAAGAAGGUGGACCGUUUCUCUGCGGCUUAUAUGAAGAAGCAUCAUCAUCAUUCGUCACCAGCUGCUGCUCCUCUUGACAAGGCACAGCGAGAUGAAGGUGAGAGGAAGUGGUAGUGAUGCAGCUGGUGCUCGCUGCGGUCUGCGUCAAACCUGCUUCAGGAGAUGAUGGUGACGAUGAUGCCCUCAGUGCCUCCUUAAGGACUUUUUUUUAUAUAUAUCGUGUUUAUUACCUGUGAAUACCCACGCGGCUGGGGUCCAUGUUAGUAUCUCGGGAUAAUCAUCCAGCAGGGACAGUGAUGGCCACCCCAUCUUCUCCAGCCGCCCUGACACUCUCAGCAUCUGCAUUGUGAGACAGGAGGAGUGAGAACAUGCAGAGACCACAGUAAUAAUAGUAAUACUUGUUGUUGUUGGUCAAACUAAAGAGAGCCACAGUUGGAUUACAGGGUGUUGUUGUUGUUGUUGUUGUUGUUAUCCGCCAACAUGAACUCGCUGUUCUUCUCCGACACUCCGCCCGGUCCCGUCGGCAACGUCGCCGCCGGGUCUGGCGCGGUGACCAGCGCCCUGAGAAAUGACCUGGGCUCCAACAUCCAUGUGCUGAAGACCCUCAACCUGCGCUUCCGCUGCUUCCUCGCCAAAGUGCACGAACUGGAAAGGAGAAACAAGAUCCUGGAGAGCCAGCUGCAGCAGGCGCUGCAGAGGACGCACUACCGGCACCUCUACUCCCGCGAGGUUGCGGUGCAGACGGACGGUCCCGAGUCACGACUGCCGGGAACCAUCUGGAGUUUCACACACGUCCGGAGGCAAGGAGAGCGCUUUGAGACGUUGCACGGGCCCGGGGUGACGUGGACGCAUCCGGACGGAGUUGGGGUCCAAAUAGACACGAUCACCCCAGAACUGAGGGCUCUGUACAACGUGCUGGCCAAAGUCAAGCGGGAGAGAGACGAGUACAGGAAAAAAUGGGAGGAGGAGGUGUCCAAACGGGAGCAGCUGGAGUCCAAGGUGGAAUCCCUGCAGCAGAGUGCCCAGGAGUCGUUAGAGAUCCAGGAUGACCUGAACGAGAAGGUGGACAGACUGAAGGCUGAACUCGUGGUCUUCAAGAGCCUCAUGAGUGAUCAAAUGUCUGACCUGGACUCCCAGAUUCAAGAGAAAGCCAGACGGGUGGACAUGGACAUCUGCAGGCGCAUCGACAUCACGGCCAAACUGUGCGACGUAGCUCAGCAACGCAACUCAGAGGACAUGUCAAAGAUGUUCAACGUCAGUCCGGCCAGGUCGCUCCCAGAGAAGGGUGCAAUGGCCUGCUGCAGGAGGAAAGAGCGAAAGGCAGUAUCUGACGAGGACAGCUCCGAAAUGGACGCCGAGCCCAGCCCUUCGGAGGAGGAAGUCCCCGGGACGCUCAACAUCACGGACGAAAUGAAACGCAUGCUCAACCAGCUACAUUAUUCAGAUAACUCCUCUUUUGCCAGGCGUGAGACAUUUGAAAUCGAGGACGACUGCGACAGUCUGACGUGGGAGGAAAAUGAAGAGACUCUGCUGCUGUGGGAGGACUUCACAAACUACAACGUGCCGCUUGCCAUCACUGCAACCAACGGCACAACCAACGGCCCCUGCGAAGGCAACGGUGAAGUCGCUGAUCCAGACUCCCAGGAUGGAAGUCUUGGCAGCCUCAUUGAUGAAACAGAGUCACUAUUUAAGACCAGAGAGCAGGAGUACCAGGAGACGAUCGGCCAGAUUGAGAUGGAACUGGCCACGGCAAAGAGUGACAUGAACCGCCACCUGCACGAGUACAUGGAGAUGUGCAGCAUGAAGCGAGGCCUGGACGUGCAGAUGGAAACCUGCCGACGGAUGAUUAAAGGUGGCGGGAACUCUCCUUCCUUAAGCUCUGUGGCCAGCAGCGACUCAGGGAACACUGACGAGAUCCAGGAUGAGAUUUCGGACAAGGACGCCGAGGCCGAAGUCUCCGUUAAUUGUCCCGUCUCCUCCUGACCACCGCUUGUUAUCACGGGGGUUAGAUGUGUAAAGAGCUCCGAGAGGGAAAACCAACCUAAAUCUGGACCUGUUUGACCAGUUAAAGUUCUGACAGUCAUGCUCACUGAUGCAGGCCCAGAACUGGUGCUUUUACACUGUUUCUCUUUGGUGUGGGGAAGUGCAUCUUUGAUUUACAAAGAGAAAAAGGGUGCAUAUAGAGUCCAAGCUGUGCUUUUUUUUCCCUCACUGCUGCCUCACUGGAUUGUUGUCCAGAGCUUCACAUAAUUUUUGGGGAGGAAAAAAAAAAAAAAAAUUCUCAAAUGUUUUAAACUGGCUGAGAAGUUUUUUCUACAAAUUCUUACCCUAUUAAUGUCCUUUUUUUCUAAAGGAAUUGAAAAUAGUACAUAUUGUGCUUCUUGUUCGGUGAACAAUAAAUACAUUAUUGACACAAAUAAAAAAAAACCUACAACACACAUUCAGCUUUUAAAUUUUAAUAUUCAUUUAAGAUUGCAGGAGGAAAGUUCCCCUUGGUUGGAUUUACGUUAAGUUUUUUUGUAUUAUUUACGCAAGUCCAGGUGGAGAAAUUUACAGUGUCUUCUGCCAAGGAGGCAAAACAGAAGCAGAGAAAGAAAUGGUGUUGGAGUUGUGCUGGUUUCUGAGGGAAUUCUGCAGGGUUGCCAAAGUUGACAGAGAAACGGAGCACAGCCUUUUUUGAUGCAUCAGUGCACUACUGAAGUUCUAUGCAAUUUAGCUGGCCUUACUUUCGGACUGGCUUUCACCCCUCUUCAGUUCAGUUGUCUAAAACCAGUACAGUUUGCCUUUUCCGCAAAAGCAGGUGUUUUUUAUGUAUAAUUUUGUGCUUUUGAAAAAAAAAGAAAUAUAUAUAUAUAUAGUUGUUUUUUUUUCGUUUGUUUUGUUUUUAUUCUUAAGGACAGGAAGAGUUAAAACUGGAGCAGUGUCCCCUUGAAAGGGCCUAAUAUUUACGACAGUACUCGCUACUGAAAUGAGCAGGGCAUUGUUCUGUCAGAUGGAACUAAAGCUGGGGUAGGCAGGAUUGUGUGUGUGUGUGUGUGAGAGAAUGUUUGUCAUUCAACAAUAGUUCCAUAACAGUCUCUCAGCAUCAUAAAAUCAAGUCAUCUGAGAAAGAUCUCGACUUCUUCACCUGCUCUGGGUUCUAUUUAUAGCCAUUUGCAGACUGACCAACCACAAGGCCGUCCAGAAAAAAAACAGGAGUGCUCCAGAUAGUCCUUUGCACAGCAGCUAUUUUGAGGGGUCACAGUGGGAAAAGCACAGGUGUAAAAAAAAAAAAAAAGUUCCAUUUGCCUUCCUCAGUUUCAGACUAGCUCACUGUCACACCAUCGUCAAAGUGAUCCGUUACACGUGCGUUUUUCCCUGCUAAAAUAUGUCAAAAUGGCUGCUGUGCUGUGUUUUUACUAAGCAGUUCCAGCAUCAACAACUGCCUACUCUGCAAAACAACCCUAAAACAAGGGAGUCAGAAAGUAAACGCAGUAAAGUUUGUGACAGUAUUAGUGGAGCAUUCCAGGAAUGGAGAGGUUGCCCCCCCGAUGAUAUCAUCACCACAACAUUUGUAUUUUAACAACCUGGGAUGACUUAUAUUUUUUUCUAGCAAUCCUGCAUACUGCAGCUUUAACUUCCUGUGUCGUCAAUUUGUACACAUGAGGACAUUUAAGUCAUCAUAAAUGGCUAAAAUGCUUUUGUUUUUAUAAAAGAAUUCAAGUAACCUUAAGUGGACAAGGGUCUUAAAUCCUUUUAAGCAAAACCAAAGGACAUGAUUAUACUUUCUUAGUGUAUUUUGGAGAAAAAUGUCUUUGUUUAUGUGUUUAUGAGUUGUUAUUAUUUCCUGCUCUCCUGCUGGGGACUCUGUUCCAGACAAGUAGCACAUCCUGCUUUGUCUCUUCCGAAUCGUGGCUCCCCAGAGCUGUAGGCAUGUGAUCAUACUGUAUACCCCAGAGGCCUUUAUGUUCAUAUUAGUCAUUUGAAACGGUUUGAGAUGUCCCAACAACUUCACUUUCCAGCGACGAUUCCACUGGAUUAGUGUGGAAAAUUGAUAAGACGCAUGGGGGGACAGAAGUGAUCUUUUUAUUUUAUCACCUCUUUGAAAUGUAAUGUAUGUACAGUUUGCUGGAUCAAAGAUGAAGCACGACUUCAAUCUUGCAGAAGCAGAAUGGUCAAAUUUUGUUAUUUCAGCAUGUUCAUGUGGCGUAAAAGGAGCAAUGUUUUUGUUUUGUUUUUUAACCUUAACAACUGCAAAGCCUCCUGUGUGCUACAUUUUUAGUCAAAUCAAUGCCCAUCCUAAUCAUUGAUUAAUUUGGGGAGAAAAUGUAUUCCCCCCUCCCAUUUUGAAUCCCUCUAUGUUAACCUAAAACUGUGUUAAUGUUGCCAUGUUGUGCUUUUAUUACAUUUCCAGAAUUAGUAAACUUAUUUUGGUCGUUUAUUGACCAAAGGAGGUCACACAUAAUAAAUACUAACUUAACUGUAUGUGACACUGAUGGGGAAACAGUGGGUCUUACUCACAGGAGGAAAAGGUUACCUGUAGUUCAUGUCAAUUUGUCACUUUCAGGUUGUUAUAUAAACACAUUAUUUAUUCAUCGUAAUUCAAAAUACAGCAGGAUUUUAAGCCGUCUUCCACAUCACCGCAGCCAUCACACUAACCAGCCAACCAAAGUGUGUACAGUAACAUUAUGACGAAGACUUAAAUCAAGCCCAUUCUUACUAACUCUGGAAAAGUGUCGCAUACUCAGUCUCAGUAUUUGUGCAGGCCCUGCCACAGACGUGUUAGUUUGCAGUCUUUUUAUGUGAUGUGGAAAACUACUGUACUGUGUUUCAGAAUCAGAAUUUAUCGCAGACUAUUCAACAGUAUAUUUUCUCCCACACUCAAAGCAGGUUAAAUCCCACUCACGUUAGUUACAAACACUGCUGCAGUCCUCCUCCUCGUUGAAUGUAGCUUAAUUGGAGGUAUCCUCUAACUAAAGACCUUACAAGUAAACGCUGAGCAAAAAAAUAAAUAAAUAAAAAUAGCCGUUUAAAUCCAGGGAUAUAUGGUUUGUUGUUACUUAAUGGAGAUGUUGCUAUGUUUUGCUUUACUAAACGGGUUCUUAACUGACCAACUUACAGUAUGUGACCUAAAGUGUAUGUAAAUGAGGUCCUGGUGGAUGUGAAUGUUUCAUACUAAAAAGGUUUUAUACAAGUGUUUUUUAUCAGUGCUGCACUGGGAUCAUAGGGUUGUGAUAACUGUGUUAACAUAUGGUUUUACAUAUUCUUUUGCAUACCCUGUCAUCAUCUUCCCCCUCCACUUUUGCUUCUAUAAACAUGUUGGGGGAGAAAAAAAAAGGUAACCCAAUACUUGUGGCCAUAUUUGGGUAAAAAUCCACCAACGUUAUCAGAUGCCGGUCUUUGUGAUUCAUUUGCAUCACGGGUACUGUAACAUCCUGUUGGUCCUUUUAAGUGGUUGGUUAAUUUAAUCGCUUUUAUAUCUUUCCUUUUUUUUGUUCAAACAAUAGAUACAAUAUAUUCAUGUGGUUCUGGGGCAGAAAAUUAUGAAUGUACUCAAUUGAUAUUGGAAUAAAAUGAAAUAAAAUGGUGGAUUGGAUAAAUAAAAAAAAAA